UCCCAGUUGUAUGUGAAGAUCUUUUUGCCAGCUCUUCCUGCUACAUUCAUGUAUGCAUUACAAACAAGUUAUCUGCAAAACCAGAGCAUCAUAUGGCCGCCGGUAAUCACAGGCCUUAUAGUCAACAUUCUCAAUGCUGUCAUCCAGUAUAUCUUCAUCUUUGUAUUACAUCUGGGAAUAGCUGGUUCUGCUGCUGCCAACGCCAUAUCCCAGUACUGCAUGGCUACAACUCUGUUUGCUUAUAUCAUUUGGAAAGGUCUUCAUAAGCCCACCUGGGGAGGCUGGACCAAAGAGUGCCUGCAGGACUGGGGCUCAUACAUGUACUUGGCCAUCCCCAGCAUGGUCAUGAUGUGUGUUGAGUGGUGGUCGUAUGAGAUUGGAAGCCUUUUGGCAGGUCUAAUAAGUGAGGUGGAGCUUGGGGCUCAAUCAAUUGUGUACCAACUGGCAAAUAUUGCAUAUAUGUUCCCUUUGGGUUUCAGUAUAGCUGGCAAUGUAAGAGUUGGACAAGCGCUGGGAGGCGGAGACACAGAGCAGGCUAAGCUGUCUGCUAAACUGACAAUAUUCUGCGCAGGGUCCAUGUCUAUAUGUUGGUCAAUUCUCCUUGGCAGCCUGAAGUCCCAGAUGUCAUAUGUCUUUUCAGAUGAUGAACAAAUCCGGCAAAGGGUUAAUGAUGUUUUGUCUAUAUAUGCUCCAUUCAUGAUCCUAGAUGCACUAUCAGCUUCCUUGGGAGGCAUUUUAAGAGGAGCAGGUAAACAGAAGAUUGGAGCCAUUUGUAACAUUUUGGGAUUUUAUGGUGUUGGUUUUCCCAUUGGUGUGCCACUGAUGUUUGCAGCCAAAUUGGGAAUCAUUGGACUAUGGAUAGGCCUUGUUACCGGUGUGUUUCUGCAGGUCAUAUUCCUAUCUUCUUAUUUGUUAAGAAUGAACUGGAAUAAAACUACAACAGAGGCUCAAAUCAGAGCAGGAGUGGUUGGGAGCUCUACAGAUACACGUCCACAACCAGAGGAUCCAGGGGACUCACAGGACAGUGCAGGAACAGACACCGUGGAGCUGGUGGACCGCGAGGCGGGGGGCGCCGCAGUGAGUCCGGGGGAGGAGGAGCUGUCUCUCAGAAGUCUGCUUCUGCGCAGAGGCCUGGUUCUGGCUGUCAUGCUAUUCAUCCUGGCUGCUGGAAUCAUUAUUAACCUGCUGAUCAAUAACUUGGUUACAUGAUUGUGAGCAAAGUCUAUUCUAUUCAGCAACUCUAAGUAUUCGAGGUAACCCCUAAGGCACUGCUGCACCGUCUGAUGCGGAUGUUUGUACUGUAUCGCACGAUGCCAAAGAAGGACAUGCAGAAGACAUUCACAGGUGCAGGCAGGCAGAAAGUAAUGAAUUAAUCUCCUCAAGCAAUACAUAACUCUUGAGUCAUUAUUUUACUAGAUGACCCUUUGUAU